AUGGAGAUCUGUAAUGUAACAGAAGUCACUGAAUUUGUUUUUGUGAUUUUUGCCUUUAAUCCAAACAUUCAGUACUUUGUCUUUUUCAUUUUUCUGCUGAUUUACAUCUUGCUUCUUAGCGGGAAUAUUUUGAUCAUGUUGACCAUCAAAGCAGAUUAUCGCCUUCACAAUCCGAUGUACUUCUUCCUCGGUAAACUCUCCUUUAUCGAUCUCUGCUAUUCUAGUGUAACUGUGCCCAAGAUGCUGAUUGAUUUCCUUUCAGAUAGAAAGACUAUUUCAUUCAAUGGCUGCAUCACUCAACUUUACUUUUUCCACUUCUUUGCUUGUGCAGAAUGUUUUAUUUUUACAGCUAUGGCGUAUGAUCGCUAUGUUGCUAUAUGCAAACCCAUGCAAUAUUCCACCAUAAUGAGUAAAAAGCUUUGUCUAUGGAUGGUAGCAGCAACCUGGGCUAUUGGUUUUGUACAUUCCAACAUCCAGACAAUGCUUACAAUGGGACUAUCAUUCUGUGGCCCUAAUGAAAUUAACAGUUUUUUUUGUGACAUCCCCCCAUUGAUCAGACUUGCAUGCACAGAUACAACCAUGAUUGAUGCUAUGAUAGUGGCCAACAGUGGGAUUGUGUCCCUAGGGUGCUUUCUGUCUGUCUUGAUAUCAUAUAUUGGCAUUACUAGGGCUAUAUUUAAAAUACGCACAGUUGAAGGACGACACAAAGCUUUUUCAACCUGUGCUUCCCAUCUCACAGUGGUAACCAUUUUCUUUGGACCUUGUGUCUUUAUCUACAUGAGACCAUCCAAAACCUAUCAAGCGGAUGAAGUGGUCACUGUGUUCUACACAGUUAUAGCACCUAUGCUGAACCCAGUCAUCUACACCUUGAGGAACAAGGAGAUGAAAACAGCAAUGAAAAAAUUGUGGGGGAGAAAUACCAAAUAA